UUUUGAAGUGAACAGGUUUUUUUUGUUUUAACUGUUGAGCUUUUUGGUAGACACUAAAAAAGAAGGAAACAGAAAGAAAGCCUGUGAAUGCCAGACCGUCAUUGGGUCAUUAACAUCUGGAGCAGAGAGGACAACAGUCCUGUUGACACAUUGUUAAACACGCAGAGGACCUCAUGACUAGAGAGAGGAAAGAGGGGUGUGGAAGUGCCGGUUAAAGACAGACGGAUAUUCAGCAUUUGGAGCAAGGCGUGAAAGGAAAUAAAGAACGGACUUGGAAUAGGUUGAGAAUUAUUCUUUUUUAUUUGGACUCUUUGAAGACCUUACCGUCAUGUCGGACAGUACUGGGGGUUGACUAGGCACUUGGACACCAAAUCAAUUAUACAGGAGCUGAGAGAAAUGAAAUCCUUCAAAGGGAACCUUGUUGUAAUUCUUUUUAUAUUGAGCUACGUCACAUGGUCUUCAGCUUUAUAUAGACCCCACAGAGCAGAACCAGCAAAACCAAAGAAGCUUCAGUAUCUCCUGGAACCACCUGUGCAGGUAGAGGUGGCUGGCCGAAGGGGAGAUAAUGUCACUUUGCCGUGCAUCGUCAGAAUCAAACCUGACCACUACAAGAUUAAAUGGACUAAGCUGGAGCCUGAAAACAUGGGGCAACAAAAUGUCAUAAUGCUAUCAAAUGCAAAUGCUUUCAAGCCAUAUGGCCCUGUUGGACCGCGGGCUUCUCUCCAGAGGGCUCACAUCAUGGACGCCUCCCUGCAGCUCAGCCAUCUCGAGCUGGGGGAUGAUGGCAGGUAUCGGUGUGAACUGAUAAAUGGCAUUGAGGAUGAGAAUAUUGUCAUCACUUUGAGGAUUGAAGGCGUGGUCUUCCCAUAUCAAAGUAAGCAUGGACGUUACAAAUUAAACUUCCAUGAAGCCAAGCAGGCUUGUGCUGAGCAAGACGGCAUGUUAGCCACAUACAAACAGCUUUACAGAGCCUGGACUGAGGGGUUGGACUGGUGCAAUGCUGGUUGGAUUUAUGACGGAACAGUUCAUUAUCCAAUCGUUCAUCCCCGACCUGUCUGCGGGGGAAAGUUGCCAGCAGGCAUUCGCAGUUAUGGGCCAAAAGACAAGAGCCAUGAUCGGUUCGAUGCUUUCUGCUUCACUUCCCAGAUAUCUGGCUCUGUCUUCUACAUAUCUGGAUCCUUCUCCUACGAUCAGGCAGUAGAUGCCUGCAAACGUCGAGGAUCAGAGUUGGCAUUGGUUGGCCAGCUUUAUGCCGCCUGGCGUUUCCAGAAAUAUGACCAGUGCAAUGGUGGCUGGCUGAGAGACGGCAGCGUACGAUUACCCAUCGUCCACCCCAGGAAACACUGUGGAGGCGUCCCAGAGGCAGGGGUCCGCUCCUUUGGAUUCCCCAGCAAAACAACUCACAUUUAUGGAGCGUACUGCUAUAGAUAGCCCGGGUUACGACAGACAAGAAAUCAGUGUAAGAAGAACUUGGCAUCCAAGCUUAAAGACGGUGGCAAAAACAGAGUUGAUAAUAAAGAUGACACAAGCAGCAUGGGAUCAGUGGUGUAAUUAGAGUCAAAUGAAACAUUUAACAAUACAGAUGAACAAUCAACUUCUAACAGCUUUUUGACUGAUGUGGAAACCUGUCAUGGUUUCCACGAAACGUGCUUUUGCCCUACUUCCUGUCAGCUUUUUAACUGCUGCUUAAACUUACGUCAGACAGAAUUAUUAGCACUAGAUUUACUAAUUCAAUUAACAAACUUGUUUAGUGUUUACCAACGGAUCAUUUUCCUGGGGAAAUAAUCUUAUUAUAUGAAGAAAGACCUGGCCCAUUUCACAAGCAAACUAAGCUGCUGCUUUGAGCCUCCAGGCCAGCAGAUGGCAUCUAAGAGUCAAGAUUUCAAAUUUAUAGUUAAGUUGGUGAAGAAUGAGGUUGUUUUGAGACUAGAAAGUCCGGUAGACUGGGCUUUAUCGGGGAACGAGAUCCAGGUUUUGUUGUGUACCUGGGUUCGUCCGUCAUCCUUUAAUCUCUGGAGCCUGAGGGUCUAUUUUCCAAAAAAAUGCAUUCUUUAUAAGAUAUUUCUCAACUUGUACAAUGCCUAAACCGCUAAUCUUGUUACAUCAAAAAUGUCUUACUUUUGCUAUAAAGAAGGAAUUAAAUACAAUAAACUGUAACUAGAACA